AUGGCGUGGCGGCGGCUGCUGCUCCUUGUCGUCGUCGUUAUCGUCGCGCUCUUGGUGUUCAUGUCUGCCGGCGGGGCGGCCACCACGACCGUAGACGUCAAGCACUACGGGGCCAAGGGAAACGGCGUCGACGACGACACCAAGCCUCUGAUGACGGCGUGGAAGGCGGCGUGCGGGUCCGCCGGCGCGGUGACGAUGCUGCUGUCGCCGGGGACGUACUACAUCGGCCCCGUGCAGUUCCACGGCCCCUGCAACGCCUCCACCUUGACCUUCCAGCUGCAGGGGACACUCAAGGCUGACACGGACCUGAGUCGGUUCCGCAACGACUGGAUCGAGUUCGGCUGGGUCACCGGGCUCACCGUCGCCGGCGGCGUCAUCGACGGCCAGGGCGCCGCGUCCUGGCCCUUCAACCAGUGCCCUUUCCGCAAGGACUGCAAAGUCCUGCCCACCGUAAGAUUAUUCAUGGGCCUUUCUAGCUCCUCCUCCUCCUUCUUCUUCUCCGUCUCCGGUAGAUGCAUGGGCCUCUGA